ACUAACUAGUACACUUCUGCAGUACUCUACUUGUCCCUCUAAACUAUAAUCUCCAAAUAUAUUGGCAAUUUCUGCAGACUACUAACAGAGUAGUCGGUGUACAAAUAAAGCUUGAAAUGGUGACAGUUCAGUCAGUGUUUAGAUAUAAUAGCGCUGUUUAGGGAUAACAUUUAGCACAGUAGUAUGCACGCGACCUAGCGCAUAAGCUAACGAGCAGUCGUGGCUUACGCGCUAAAUUUGAACUCUGAGGUAACGUACUGUCUAGCCCACUGGACAGAGCAGGUCAGUUGGUUAUUUAUCAUUAAGUGUGUGUGUGUGUUGUCAUGGUGACCGUUAGAUAAAAUCUGAAGAUGCUGCGCAUUCGGAGAACUGUAACGGCGAAAGUGUACAAGGAACCGAGCACAGACGAUGACCCCAUAAACAGCUCAGGGAGUGAGGAGGAAACAGAGGAAUGGCGGCCAGAGAAGAAGACUGGAGGAAGAGGAAAGAGGAAGAAAGCUGAAACAGCUGAGGAGAAACCUGUGUCUAAACGAGCAGCCAAACCUAAAGAGCCCAAACCAAAGGCUGAGAGAAAGCCCAGAGCUCCAAGGACUCUUAAAGUAAAGGGAAGUGUCAAGAAAGUGAAAGGACAAGUGGAAAACAAUGCAGAUUUACAACAAGAUGAAUCCCUGCCACAAGUACGAGUUAAGGAAGAGAGACAGUCCAUUAGCAUGGGCAAGGUUUUCAACACCGAUGCUAUCACGCAUGAAGAGCCAUCGUCAAGUACACAGUUUUGUGGAGUGAAAAAGGAAGAGCCCUUGGAUGACUUUACUUUUGAUGAGCAAGUGCAGAAAAGGCAGAAGACCACAAGCGCGCCACAGGGCAGAGCAGUCAACUGGAAGUCUGCAAAUAUUUUACGGGACGAACUGCAGAUGUACUGGGAUCCCAUUCAGGUUUUAGCUGAGAAGAGUGGAGUGGAGCAGUGGGUCUGUAGUAACAUUGCUCAGCUCCUGCGGGAGGAGAAUACCAUCCCGUUCAUCGUGCGCUACAGGAAGGAGCUCAUCAACCACAUGGAUGCGGACGCUGUGAGGGAUGUGCAACUAAUUUUGGAGGAGCUCUGCUCAGUGGCAAAGAAAUCUCAGUCUAUUGCCCAAACCUUGAAGAAGGAAGGAUGCUUGACCUCUGAACUUGAGAAGACUCUAAAGAACUGCAAAAGUGCUGACGAACUGGACCAUGUGUAUGCGCCAUAUAGGAAGGGAAGUAAGUUGUCAAAGGCACAGCGGGCAAGGCAGCUUGGUCUUGAGACUGCAGCUCUAGCUCUUCUUCAGUCACCCCAAACACUUGAUCUUUACUCCUGGAUCCAACCCAACACUGAAGGUGUGUCCACUAUUGAGGAGGUUGCUACAGGUGUUGAGCAAAUUCUAGCUGAUAUGAUUGCCAAAGACAGCGAGACACUGACCUACAUCAGAUCACAGUGUGAUAAGAGUGAUGUGACGAUCCAGUCUGCUGUGUCAAAAACAGCUCUUAAAGAGCAGCAGCAGGCAGAUCAGAAGAGCAAGCCUAAAGACAUUUCAAACUUCAGCCUGUACAGUUCUUUCCGUUGUAGUGUCCAGCGAAUCCAGCACCACCAGACACUGGCCAUUAACCGAGGGGAGAAUCUGAAGAUUCUGUCAGUGAAGGUUAACAUCCCCGACUGGGUGAAGGCUGACUUCUGCAGGUGGUGUGUCAACGUCAGGUGGAGGCCACAGGGCUUUGCACGUCCAGAGCUGAUGAAAAUUUUAAACAGUGCUGUAGAGGAUUCCUACAAAAGACGUCUAGUGCCCUUGCUCAGCAGAGGCUACAGGACCAAGCUGACCACCAGUGCCGAGAAGGAGUCCGUUGCUAUGUUUGUGCGUAAUCUUCGACAGCGGCUGUUGGUGUGCCCUGUUCGCGGUUGUGUCCUCAUGGGAGUGGAUCCUGGAUAUCGCCAUGGCUGCAAACUGGCAAUCCUCUCACCCACCAGUCAAAUUCUGCACACAGAUGUGGUGUACCUGCAUGGCUCAGGCAGGAACAGAGAGGCAGACAAACUGCGCCACCUCAUGCUUAAACAUAGCUGCCAGACUGUUGUCAUAGGAAAUGGCACAGCAUGCAGAGAGACUGAAUCUUUUUUUGCUGAUCUCAUCAAAAGUGGCUUUUUCAAACCUUUGGAUGUGUCCUACUGUAUUACUAAUGAAGCUGGAGCAUCUAUCUAUAGUGUCAGUCCAGAGGCAGUAAAAGAGAUGCCAGACCUGGAUCCAAACCUGAGGAGUGCAGUAUCGAUUGGAAGACGUGUACAGGACCCCUUGGCUGAGCUGGUCAAGAUUGACCCAAAACACAUCGGCAUCGGUACUUACCAGCAUGACGUGUCGCAGACCUUGCUGAGGACGGCGCUGGACGGUGUGGUGCAGGAGUGCGUGAGCUUCGUGGGAGUGGACAUCAACAUCUGCUCUGAGACAUUGAUGAGACAUGUUGCAGGUUUGAAUGCAGGCCGGGCACGAAGCAUCAUAGAAUGGAGAGAAAAGAACGGGCCUUUUUUUAACCGAGAGCAACUGAAGCUGGUCAAAGGCCUUGGCCCAAAGAGCUUCCAGCAGUGUGCGGGCUUCAUCCGCAUCAACCCACAGUCCAUGCGCAGCUUUGUCUCAGGUGAAAUCUCAAAUUCUGCAACUGUCGAGAAGUCAACAGCUAAGAAGAGCAAAGGCAUCAGCAACAAACCUAAUCCUCUGGACCAAACAUGCAUCCAUCCUGAGUCAUACAGUCUCGCCAUGAGGUUUUUGUCUCAGAUUGGUUGGAGUUUGGACCACUUGGGCAGUGCUGAGCUCCAGCAGCAAGUUAAAAGCACAGUUAUGAGUCAUGGUCUGGAGAGCUUGGCCCAGGCUCUCGACACCUGCCCUGAAACUUUGCAGCUCAUCGUGGAUGGCCUCAGUCAACCACCUGGCGUUGACAUUCGUCAAGACUUUGAACAAGCAGUCUUUAAGAGAAGUAUCGUGUCCAUGAGUGAUCUCCAUGAGGGCACGGUUCUUACAGGGCGUGUGGAAAAUACUGCUUUAUUUGGGGCAUUUGUGGACAUCGGAGUGGGCCGGGCGGGCCUCAUUCCAAAGCGCUACAUCACUCCAGAUAAACUGCCUGCUGACAAGAGGCGAAGAAGUUUAGCUAUAGGACCAGGAGAGCGAGUUGAAGUCCGGGUUAUGAAUGUGGAUCUUCAGAGGAGCCGGAUCACCUUAGACCUAAUUAGAGUUCUUAGAUAGGAUUCCAAUAUUUGACAUUCUACAUAAAAUAAGUAAUAAUAAAAUCUAGAAACACUUUGUAAUUUAGAUUCACAUCUGGUCAUAACUGCAUUGUUCUGAAAAAUCACGUUAAGAAGUUGUUGUUGCAGUUUUUUUUUUUUUUUUUUUUGGAUAUUUCAAAAUAAAUGAUAAAUAACCCUAAAGGGAAAUGACCUCAAAUAUGUUUUUGUGUACAGUAUAUGUGCUUUUAUAAUCAACAUGUAAUCAAAUAUGUACAUUAAUUGGAGUACUUCCAAGUGGCUUGUUCACCUCUGCUUAGGAGAUCAUGAUUUUGAAUCUUUACAAUACCCCAGCCAGAAGUAAGCAAUGAUGGCUAUACUCUCUAAGAAAGUUGGCAUACUCUCAUAAGUCACUAAGGGAAUGUUCUUCACAUAUGUAGAAGAAAAAAGCUAGUGCUCUCUGUAUACUAUGUUAUGCUGCCCUGUGAUGCAGCAUUAGGAGCCGAUCUAAAGUGUGCAAAGGAAGCAGAUCUUCAGGUUGGUUCUUUCUUUUUUGCUUGGUAAAUGCUGUAUGAUAGGGUAGAAUUGGCUAGUGGGUUAGCAGGCUACUAGUGCAGGAGGGAUAGCUGAACUUUAAUAGUAAAUGGAGCCGUCUUAUAUCUAUAGAUGAUCAGCUUUUCGUUUUCCAGUUCAUUAAGAAUAACCAAGCAUGCAAAUCUCAAAAUUAUUCUAGCAGAAUUUCUAAUGAAAUGACACUGAAGUAAUUCCUGAGGAAGGCAGCACGGUGGUGUCCGGCUGCCACCAGUGCAAAAGCUCUUGCAGCUGCCACCCGACCAAAUCCCGGCCAGGUUCGAUUCCUGUCUGUGUGUGCAUGUUCACCCCGUGCUUGGUCGGUUUCCUCCUGGUACUCCGGUUUCCUCUCACAGUCCAAAGACCUGCAGAUAAGGCUAAUUGCCGUUCCCAAAUUGCCCAUAGUGUGUGAAUGAGUGUAUGAACGUAUGUGCCCUGCGAUGGAUUGGCACCCUGUUCAGGUUGUACCCCGCCUCAUGCUUUAAGUCUCUUGCGAUUCUGAAUACAGGAUAUAGCGAUAUAGAUAAUGAGUAAGUGAGUAUUUCCUGAAGACUUUUUUUAUGGUACCUUUAUCUGACUAGGUAAAAAAAAUAAAAAAACAUUGCAUUGUAUAUGUUUUCUUCAAGAUGGUGUUGCUGUGGCAGAUAAAAUUAGAUUUUUUGAUCGACGGGCUAUUAGUAUCUGCACAGAAAAGGGUUGUCCAAGUAGCUUCCAGACUGCAAUAUGACUGACGGAGCCAUGGGGAAAACACUUAACCCAAUUAUCCCAAGCUAGCCAUGUGCUAAUCAGCCCAUUCAAAUAUUCCCUCUUUUCUAUUAUCCAAUCUGUUUGUAUAUAUAUGGCACAAAUGAAGAAAUGGAUAAAUAAAGACCCCAUGAUAGCCUGAACACUUCCUGGCAACCAGAGAGAAAAGCAAAUCAGGGUGUAAAAUUUGCAUUUUGUUGCUUUUUUUUUUUGUUGUUGUGGAGAUGUUUUAUUAAAUCAACCUGCACUGAAUAAAGUCAUAUUGUCAAAUGUGGACCAUCAUCCUAC